AUGAGAGUAGCUGCAGGUCCAGACGGAAGGUAUCUCGCGAUCACAGAAGAAGACUUAGAGAGAGUGCUCACCGUCAUGAAUUUAUCAUGGACAGCUGGGACAAGAGAAUGUUACGGCGCAGGUUUUCUCAUUUUUCAUGUAUUCUGCGACGAGAGAUCAAUUCCAGAGGAUGAACGCUGUCCGGUUGACACACGGACCAUCCUUAACUUUGUCUCCAGUUGCGCAGGGUCAUACUCAGGCAAAACACUUACGAAUUACGUCUACGCUGUCAAAGCUUGGCACACGAUACAUGGACAGUCUUGGAUAGUCAACCAGGAUCAGUUACGAGUGUCACUAGAUGGGGCAGCAGAACUUACACCCUCUUCGUCUAAACGCUCCAAACGAGAACCAUUCAUGGUGAAACUGAUCCUUGAGAUUCGAGCGCAUCUUAAUCUAGACACCCCGUUGGAUGCUGCCGUAUUCGCGUGCUUAACGACAGCAUUCUAUGCAUUAUGUCGAUUGGGAGAACUCACAACGAAGACGAUGAAAGACUUUGACCCGGGGAAAACAGUCAAGCGCUCGGAUGUGGAGUUUGACGUCGAGGACAGGCAUCAUUUUCAUGCGACCAAAAUCUUUAUACCACGUACCAAGGUAUCAGCAUCGGGAGAGAGCGUUUAUUGGGCGCAACAAGACAAUCAGACAGAUCCAAAGACGGCGCUAUUGCAUCAUUUCGCAAUAAAUGAUCCGCAGCGCGACGGACAUCUCUUUGCGUGGAAGCACGUCAAAGGAAUGAGACCGUUGACGAGGAACGAAUUCUGGAAAAGGAUUAACGGUAUAAUCAAGAGAGCAGGUCUAGGAAACUUUAAAGGACACGGAUUGCACAUAGGCGGCACUCUGGAAUACUUGCUGCGCAGAGUGCCUUUCGACGUAGUGAAGUCGAUAGGCAGAUGGUCCAGUGAAGCCUUCACCGGGUACCUUCGCAAACAUGCGCAUAUAUUAGCCCUGUACCUUCAAGAAUCCCCAGCGUUAGAACCUUUUACCAGGUAUACAAUGCCCCCAGUGCACUAA